AUGAUUUUUCUGUGUUUUCAGAAAGAUGCAUUUUUGGAGCGCUGUGACGUUGGCGAGGAUAUCACACUUCGCUCGAUCUGCUCCGAAAAUUUGCUUGGCGAGCAAGUGCUCGCAGCACAAUCCAGUCUGUCUCUGCCAACAAACGAAGACUUAUUUGUUGCGCAGUUGGCCAGAGCAGAGCCUGCUUUAUUCGACAGUGUCUGCGAUAUAAUUUUCAAGCAAUACGACUUUCGGCCACCUGUAACCUUGUAUGCCGAAACUGCGACCAGACAAAACAGACAGCAUUCACUUCAGUCAAUGUCGGGCGAAAAGAUGGAGUGCAUGUUGCCUGGAUAUUGGUGUCAACAAACAAAUGUUAGUAGUAGCCGGUUCUUUUUUCGAGGACUUUUAAGCGCCUUUGCUGUGCAACGUUACAGCGCUGUUACAGCAAUCAAAAACGCAUAUUGUUUGUGUGUCUGUAUGUUCGCACUUUUUAUCACCCAUUUCCAAAUCAAGAACCAGAAAAGCUAA